GGCACGUUUGAUAGUAUUUCACAUUAUCUCUAUAUUAUUGAUAUAGGGACAAUUAAUACAUCAUUGGUGUGAUUAAUUAUGUUAGUCUUUUAUUUGAUAGAAAGUAAUUAAUACAUGUAUAACUUGUUUUCCGUGUUUGAUGCAUUCAGCUAUAUUGCGUAUAAUCUGUACAAAUGUAAGGCUUAUCCCAUGAAAUUACCAUAUUACCCUUCACUAUUUACAAUUUUGACCGAUCAGUCCCUUACAAAAUUGGGGGAAAAUGAAGCCCCAAAAUGGCGCCAUUUUUUCAUAAAUUAGGGCGCCAAACUAUCAAAGGAAUUAGCCCUCCAAAAUUAUUAACGCUGGUGUUUCUUCUAGCUCGGUUUAUUUUCGUUCAUUAAAACACUCUGAAAUUGAGAGGAGGCGACGAACUUGCGAUACUGAACCCUUCGUCUCAGCAGAACUUGAAACAUCAUGAGCAACAACCACCAAGACUCUGCUACUAGCAAUGAAAUGGUUUCAAACAAGUCCAACAAACCCGAUAAAACACGACGUAGUUGGUCAACGAGGGAAGAGGAGGUGCUACUUGCAGCAAUGAAAGAACUUGUGGUGCAAGGUUGGAAGUCGGAUAACGGAUUCAGGGCUGGAUAUCUCGGAAAGCUAGAAGAAUCGGUAAAGAAAGUGUUUCCAGGGACGGAUCUGAAAGGUAUACCGCAUAUCCAUUCGAGAAUUGCAACGUGGAAAAGGAACUACAAUUCUCUGCAGCUUAUUUUAGGGAAGACUGGGGCUGGUUUUAACGUCGAUGGUAAGCACAUGAUCGACCUUGAUAUUGAGGAAUGGGAUAUCAUCGCUAAGAGUGACCCCAACGCACGCUCGAUGCGUACUAAGAGUUGGCCCCAUUUAGAGGCAUGGAAGGAGAUCUUCGGAAAGGACCGGGCUACUGGAUUGGGGGCGGAAGAUGCCGUGGACGCAGUCAAUGAAAUGCAAAAUGGGGUUGAAUUAGAUAAUGAUGGAACGCAGGGCGAUUACUAUCCCCAUUUUGAGGAAGAUGUCCAUAGCGAAGCAGCUGAUGCUAGUGUGGGUCAGCCUGCCAAGAUGGGAGGUGCUGCAAGAUCCUCGAGUAGGAAACAUAGCUCUGAACAAGCGUUCGAUGGUCUCUGCCAAGUGAUAAGCGACCUCAGCAAGGGUGCCAAUGAGAGAAUGGAAAAGAUGUCAUCGCGCAUUGGGUAUAAGCAGGACUUGGGGGAGGCUAGGAAAGAAGUCUUCAAUCAAUUGAGCAACAUGCCUACUUUGACCAUGGAUGACAAAUUUGACGCAUACGAAAUCUUGGCAGGUGACAAGAAAGCCCUUGAAUUGUUUAUGGCACUUCCUCUUGACGCAAAGCCGCAGUAUGUAGUACGUAUACUCAUGAACAAAAAGCUCUAGGUCUAGGGUGAAUAUUAAUGCUAUUUUGGUGUGAUCUUUUGAAGCAUGGUAAUUGCUCUAUCUCGCUUAUAAGAUGAUGAUGAUGGGACAUGUAUAUAGUAAUGGUGAAUAUAUGCUUUUGUAAAAUUCAAGUUUCACUUUUUUGUAAAUGUGCUCCGAUGUCGAGCCCCUUCUAGCCAAUUCUUGUAUUAGCUGGUUAAUAUUAAUGCUAUUUUGG